UUGGCGUUUCCGUUGCCUGCUCGGUCGCCGGCAGCCAUGCCCGGGGGCCGGGGUGGGAAGCCCCGCGAGUCCGCAAACCCCGCUGUAGUCAGUGGGGCCGAGUCGGUGACCGAGCGGGUCCUGCGGGAGGCUCAUUCCCUUUAUGUCCAUGAGGGUCACGGUCUGGUGUCAAUUGGGGGGCGAGUGGGACUGACUUUGCUUCCUCCACGCCGCAAAGUGACCAUCAUGGUAAUGGGCAACCACAGUGCUGGCAAGAGCAGCUUCAUUAACUGGUAUGUGGAAGAACAUAUCCAACGAACCGGUGUAGCUAUUGAGACUCAGGGAUUCACCUUCAUCACUAGUGGAAGGAAGCGAGAGUCUCUCACGGGUAAUGCUACACUCCACCUGUAUCCCCAUUUCCUGGCCUUGCAAAGCUUCAAAGGGGUGUCCGAGUACCUAAGCACUGAGAUUUGUACCUCCAAGCAGAAGCAAUUCCCCCUGGUCACCUUCCUUGACACUCCGGGCUUGGUGGAUGGAGACAUGAAAUACCCAUUUGAUGUGGAAGGGGCGCUGAUCUGGUUUGGCCAACUCUGCGACCUCAUCCUGGUCUUCUUUGAUCCCAUGGGGCAGGCCCUAUGCAAGCGCACCCUCAACAUUGUGGAGAAGCUCAACGAGGGGCAUGGAGACAAGUUGCAUUUCUACCUCAGCAAGGCCGAUGAGGCGGGUGCGGAGGGUGACAGACAGAGAGUGCUGAUGCAAAUUGUCCAGGAGCUCUGCAAGCGUCCGGGCCUCAAUAAGUGUGGAUUUGACAUGCCCACAAUUUACAUCCCCAACACCAAUAAGCCAAGCCGAUGUGUCAAUCAGAUAGAGGAGAUCUGCCGAACUAUCGAGAAAACCAUCAGCCAGACCAUCCAGCACACGCUCAACUCCCUGGAGCGAGACUGCCACCUCAUCGCCCAGGCCACGCAGCACCUGCUGGAUGAGGACAAUGAGGCCAGAAGCAGCAAUUUCCGGGCUUGCUUCCGGGGGACACUGCUGGGGCUUGCUGGAUGCCUGCUGCCCAUCUUUCUCCUCCUGACUUUGCUUUUUGGUACAGCAUUUGCUCGCCAGCUGUGGACUUUGGUGUUGGGAGAGGAACAGAGACAGGCCCUGGAGCUGUAUGUGCUCCCGAUUGCCACAGUCUGGAGUCUUGUCCCUGAAGACCAGACCUUAACAGUGUUCGUCGGCCUUCUUUGCCUUUCAGUUCUGCUCCUGCUUUUGGCUAGUUACACUUUCAGGACAAAGCCCACUCUGUCGAAGAAACAGAAGCGGCAACUGGAGGAUCGACGGGACUACGUGUUGGACGUGGUGCUGGAAAAAAAGAGGCAGCUCUAUGAGGAAUACCUUCGCCAGAGCAUCGGUGAGCAGGAUCUGAGCUGAGACCCCCUGCCGGUGUAUUUGGAGAUGCUUCCAGUUCCCUUCCCCUAAACCAUAUUAACAUCCCUCCCUUCCAACACACUCAAGAGAAGAGAGUAUCGUGUGGCUGAGCCUUCUAAGCACUGAAGCAUUCUGGUCUGGUUGGCAACUUUUCCACAAUCUCAGCUCAUCGCUUUUGAUUGGACAGAGAUGGUGCCCUGUGACCUCAUGAACUGUGAUUAGCUGUGGCCAGAGUGCGGUGCAUCUGCAGCAGCCGUGACGAACUUGGUCCGCUCCUGGCUAGUACUCCUCCCCAGAUGGCGUCUCCAGCGUUCUUACAACUUCUACCCUCUUGACGGGAGACGACGACACUACCUUUCUGCUCUUUCUUUCCAGUCGGAAUAUGCUACUCUUCCUGUCUUAAAUUAUUGUACCCAAGUAACAUUACAGGCCAGUACUGUGCUCCAUUAGCUAGGUUCUCAAAGACCAGGGAGUUUUUCAGUGAGGUGGCAGUAUCUGCCUGGUACUUCCUCCCCUCCUUCAGCAGCAUCUGGUCUGCAUCACUGCCUGGUCCCCUCAGAUUCAUGUCGGGCCGGCAUGCACACCCACAAGCUCCUGCUCGACCAGGUCUUGGACCACAUAACGGGGCAGGCACUAUAAACGGAGAUUCCUUUGUCUCAGUUCUGAUGUCUGCAUCCGCCAUUUGGUGAGCAAACCCUCACAACCUCUCUAGACAUUUUCCUGGUGUGUGUAGCCGAUGGCAUCAUGCCCCAUCUCAAGCCAAGUGCCUUUAAGUGACACCAGCUCUGCAAAGGAAGGGGGGACACUUUACUGGUAAAACUAUCUCAGUUUCUUCUACUAUGCUACACAUGCCAUUACUUAACACUGUGAAAUUUCUAUAGACAUGAUUUACAAUAAACUGUAGUGUACCCAGCAUCCUUUAGGACAUGCUGGGGAUUUCCAGUACCAGGAAACAAGACUGCCAUAGUUGAUUUAACUCGUGUUCAUUGUUCCUGGGACCACCUCUGCUGUAACUCCUAAAUUGGAUCUGGAUUUAGCCCUACUUAUUAGUAUAUGCAUUAAUCCAAGUGUUCUGUGUUUAAGUAGGGCUAAAUCUGCAUUGAACCCCCAUACCUGUGUCUCAGUAUAGGAUAGUUUUUGCAGUACUCCACACAAUGAGGCAACUGACCACAGCAGCAGUUGUACAUGUAAACUUGUGAGGAACAGAAUCUGCAGGAGCCAUUUUGCUUACUCCUUUCUCAGUCUAGUCUAUCAUCAUUGGGUGAGGCUAGAUUGAGUUCUCAGCAGCAUCUACAGCUCCAGGAAUUUGAUUUUCAUUUAGUUUCUCAAGUCCCUUUUUUUCAGCUUCCAGAGUGGAGUGCAGUGCAAGUACAAGCACAUUUCCUUUCACUAAAGCUUCUCUCCAUUUCCUACAAAUUGGAAAUGGCAAGAAAUGAUCCGUAUCCCAACUAUUUGCUUAGGAUGCAAUCCUAAUUUUGUUCAUACAGAAGAAAUCCUGCAGUUUCUACCACUGCCCGUGCUGCCUGGGGAAUGCUGGGAGAUAGAGGCCUUCUCAUGCUUAAGAUUGUGCUUUUAAUAGGAAAUUGCUCAACUUCAAGAGAGCAGAGCUAAAACAAAUAAGGGUACCAGUAAUUGCUCAGCUUGAUUUCAGUUCCUUUUUGGCCCCCACCCCAUAACGGUCCUUAGUUGGCAUGUAGAAUUGUCGCAAUAAUUGAAUUAGAGGGUGGGGUGAUUACAGCCUUAAAGCUGAAGCAAGAUAGGCUCUAGGUUUGUUUAGUAUGAACUCCGUACUGGCUCCUCUAACAAAACCAAUCUGAUCUGGCCCUCUAACUUGUGUUCCAGCAGGUGGUACCAGGAAUGUGGGGGGGG